AUGGGUGCACGCAGGGCACGUCCACACGGGAAGGUCCCUGCACGACGCGUGCACGCAAGGGCCCGCGCACUCAGGAGUGUCCACGCAGGGCGGGUCCGCGCAGCACAAGAGCAGCGGAGGAGGCCCACGCAGGCCGUUUCCCGCCCCGUCCCCAGCCCACGCGGGCGAGCCACAGCGGAGGACCGGACAGUCCCAGUAAGAUUUCGGGAGGCGACGACGGGGGCCCGCGCGCAGGAGUGUGACUCGCGCAGCUGCCAGGACUUGCGGGGUGACGUGCGCCGCUGCCAGGACCUUGCCGGUGGAGCGCGCAGCUGCCAAAACCUAGGCGGAGGAGCGCACCGCCGCCAGGACCCGGGCAGAGGAGCCUCCCGCGGCCAGGACCUCCGGCGGCAGCACACGGCUGCCAGGAUCUUGUCUGUGGAGCGCUUCGCGGCCAGGACCUGCGGCUGCAGAACACAGCUGCCAGGACCUCGUCGGCGGAGCGCUCCACGGCCCGGACCCCGCCCCCCGGUCCCGCCGCCUGCAGCCCUGGCGCUCCCCGCGGGCCCCGCCGAGGCCGCCUGCGCCCUGUGCCAGCGCGCGCCCCGGGAGCCGGUGCGCGCCGACUGCGGCCACCGCUUCUGCCGGGCGUGCGUGGUGCGCUUCUGGGCCGAGGAGGACGGGCCCUUCCCGUGCCCCGAGUGCGCUGACGACUGCUGGCAGCGCGCCGUGGAGCCCGGCCGGCCCCCGCUCAGCCGCCGCCUGCUGGCGCUUGAGGAGGCGGCCGCGGCGCCCGCGCGCGACGGCCCGGCCAGCGAGGCCGCGCUGCAGCUGCUGUGCCGCGCCGACGCCGGGCCACUGUGCGCCGCCUGCCGCAUGGCCGCGGGCCCCGAGCCGCCCGAGUGGGAGCCGCGCUGGAGGAAGGCGCUGCGCGGCAAGGAGAACAAGGGGUCUGUGGAAAUCAUGAGGAAGGACUUGAACGACGCGCGGGACCUGCACGGCCAGGCGGAGUCGGCCGCCGCGGUGUGGAAGGGACACGUGAUGGACCGCAGGAAGAAGGCAUUGACUGACUACAAGAAGCUACGGGCCUUCUUUGUGGAGGAGGAGGAGUACUUCCUGCAGGAGGCUGAGAAGGAGGAGGGGCUCCCCGAGGACGAGCUGGCCGACCCCACCGAGCGGUUCAGGUCACUGCUGCAGGCAGUGUCGGAGCUGGAGAAGAAGCACCGCAACCUGGGCCUCAGCAUGCUGCUGCAGUGAUGGCACCAGCCCGCCAUUCUGGAGCUGGAGGCAGGUGGAUGGAUCCUUGUCUCUGUGGGAAGUGUCAGCGCGUGGCUGCCGGGGAAGUGUGGUGGGCACCCAGCCUUGGGUCCAUCUGUGUAGCUGCGUGUUUCAACAAUGUCCAUUUAUCCUUCACCUCGAGGUGUGAGUGUUUUGGGGGCUGCAAAUGCCUCCCGGUAGAGGCUGGACCUGGGGACCCUUCCCACCUGUGCCCAACCCCUCCUGAAGUCCUGGCCGCAGCCCAUCCUCCCUGAGUCCCGGCAGCCCCGGGCCAUGCCCUUCCUCGAUCACCCAUCGACCCCUCACCUUGUCAUCCAGGGACCCAGACCCUGCACCUUCCACGUGGGGCCCCAGAUCCUUGGCAGGUACGUGAGGCACACCAUUGAGGGUCAGAAACGAGAAUGCACAUGAGGCCCUGAGAAGGCUGGAACUCAGGUUGCAGGGAAGAGAAAGAAGGCUGGAUGGCACCUUGAUGCCUCCUGAGGAGGGGGCCCUCCUCUUGGGGUGGGUGUGGGCCCCACCCAGCCUCAUCCCCCUCCCACUCCCGGGUCCCCUCCCCGCUCUGGCUCCUGGGAGCCCUCCCUGUGCUCCACCUGCCUUCACAGAAGGGACCUCUUUUCCCUGGGUGAGGGGGCUGGCAGGUGGCUGACCCCAUUUAGCAUCUCCAGGCCCUGCGGUGGUGUCUCAUCUUGCUGUUAUCUCUGGCUGUCUCUCAUUUCCUUUAGUCGUUGAAUUUUGCAAAGCUCGUAGCAGUAGAUCAGUUGCCUGCAGCAUCCUUGUGUGUAGAUAAAUUAGUCUAGUUGACAGAAACUCAGCACUGGGGACAGGAUUGCAAAGUCGGGGACAUAGAUGCAGAUAUGUUGAGAUGUGGGGCUAGCUGGGCCUGUGAGCGGUGGUGCCCAUUUCCAGAAGCCUUUCAGCCCUUCCCAUCCCUGGCCUUGGUGCGACGUCUGUGAGUGCGACCUGCCCAGCGCCUGGGCUGGCUCCGUGCUGAAUAAAGUGGGUUUGCUUCAGCC